AUGGCCGAUACCCCGAAGCUCGCCUUUACAUUCUCUAAACAAAAGAAGUCUCUCAAAUUAACAGGAACCACAGCUUCAUCCACCAGUCCUCGUGUACAAAAAGAAUCACUAAGAGAAUAUGUGGAUGAUGUGAAUUACGACGCUGUUCCGGUGGAGAAAUUCGGCCUAGCAAUCUUAGCUGGUAUGGGUUUCAACCCAGAUGAACUGAAGAAUAAAAAAGAUGAUAUUGUCGGCCCGUUACGACCAAAAUGUUUAGGUCUCGGGGCUGACCCGAAAGCGGUUCAGGCGGCCAAAAACAGCGCUGAACAGACCACAAAAGAACAACUAUUGUGGAAAGUUGGUGCUAAAUGUCAAGUGGUACUCGGAAAGCAUCGUGGAAAAUAUGGAGUCAUAAAUGGUCUGGAUGGUGAUACGGGACGAGUUAUUAUCAAAUUCACUUUGUCAAAAGAAAUUCUCCCAAUUCUACAACCUACAAUUCGUCUUGUGUCCGAGAAAGAAUACGCACAAUAUGCCAAUUGUCUAAAUCAGGAUGAAGUCAAUCGCUAUAAAGCGGAAGAAGCUGAGCAGCAGCGACACCAUCCACUUCAAAAAAGAGACAGAUCGUCACCGUUACAUUCCUCUGCAAAUCAAGAUAAUCACUCGAAUGGACUAACGAAGCGACCCAGUGAGCUUGAUGACCAUCCAGAACCGCUAAAAAAAUCGAGUUCUUCCUCUCGACCACCGGACCGCCGAGCUUCCUGGGUUCGCCCCAACCUUCUGGUGAAAUUUCUAGAUAAACGCUACGCCGAUGGAAAAUAUUACAAAUAUAAGUUAACUGUGCUCCACGUUCAAGAAAAUGGUCGGUGUCAAUGUCGAACCGAUAGCGGUCGUGUGUUGGAAGAUGUCAAUCCGAAGUAUUUACAGACUGUUGUACCCCAUUCGAACAAUGUGAAAGUGAUGAUCGUGGACGGACCCCGUGCGGGCGAAAUGGCGCGCUUAAUGAAUCAAGAUCCCAAACGAGAUGAGAUCGAUUUGCGGACUCGCGCGGGAACGAUGAUUCAACUAUCCUAUGAUCAAGUGUGCGCCGUUUCCAACGAUCAAUUGUGA